AUGUAUGUCUACCACCCGCCAGGUAAUCCGUCUCUGGGUUCGUGGGAUCAAUUUGAUAACGGUGAACCACUUAAACAUUCUACAAGUCCCGGCAAAAAGGAUACCCAUCUUGCUGAGUUCUCCGAUGUUCCGCCGUUGCUGGUCGAUAGUCGUCCAACGGCAGUGAAGCAAACUGUUCCGCUGUUGGCGCUGAAAUCUCCGUGUGGCCCACCCCCACAGCCUCCUCCCCGUCCUCAACAAAGAGGGCAUACCCGAAGUGCAAGUUUGGACAUGGUGAAAAACAUUCAACUCGCACAGAUUGGAAUGACUCUGUCCUCCGCAGAUCGGCGGCCUUCUGACUCAACAACUGUAGCUACAGAUUACUCGACUGGUUUAUCCAUCUCCGCUUCGAUUCCCACGGCGCCUCCUCCACCAGUUCCGCAACGAGUUUCUCCUCCUGCACCUAUUCCUCGAAAAAGCAGUACUGCGGAAGCUCAAACAGAAGGGCGCUACGUGGACGAGAAGGAUGUGGAGCAGUUUAUUGCUCAGUUCGAUACACAAAUAGCUGACCUCCUUGGAGAGGAAGAAGAUGCAACACUUGGGAAAGGAGUGGAGCGUUGGGCUCGAAGAUGUGAAGGUCUUCGUGCACAGAAUGCUGAGCUUGAAGCUGAAAGGGCUCGAAUGGCUCAGGUUAGAAUCCAACUAGAAUUACGCCUUCAAGAAAUGGGAGAGGGGAGCUGUAAGGGGCACAAACCCACAUCACUCUGA